UUUGAGCAUUCGGUCUUCUUUAGCUUCCCUCGUGUACGCCCAAGAACGGUAGAGCACGACAAUGCCGGUCAGCCUCGCGACGGCGUCGAUGCUGCCUUCGUGCCGCGCCGCUGCGGCGUCGGCGCGCUGUUUGCGUUCUUGCCUUCAUCGGCCGUUGCCGAUCUCCGCUCAGCGCGUCGGCGUGCGCUGCAACGCCGCCACGCCGCCGCCUGAGGUCCCAGGCGCGACGCCAGCCGAGGUCCCAGGUACGAACCGACCCCCGGAGGAGCUGCCGAGCAUCGACACGCCGCCGGAGUUCGACGCGCCACCAGGCGUGGACGUGCCGACGCCGGUGCCUGGGCCCGGCCCGGAGCUGCCGGGCCCGCCGAUACCGUCGCCGCCGACGCCGGAGGUCCCGACCGUGCCUCCCAACCCCGACGUCCAGCCGCCGCAGCCGCUGGAGGUCCCAACCGUGCCGCCCAACCCCGACGUCCCGCCGCCUCAGCCGCCGGAGGUGAAUCCGCCGCUGGCGCCUCCCGAGGUCGUGCCGCCUGGCGCCGCGCCGGUGCCGCCUCCCUUCGUGUAGCUGCACCGCCCUCGGCGCGGCGAGGCUGACGGGUAUGCAGGCACGGUGAUCUUUGUUCCAGAUCUUGUACGCAUCGAUCUCCGUUCUGUUCCGCCCGCGGUGCUGUACACGGCUACAGUCGUUCUUGUUGACUGCAGUACAACAUUACUUAAACCAAGCAA